UGCUGCGGCGCCCCCCGCUGGCCGGCUACGAUAGUGCCGAGCUGUGGCGGCUGGAAGCAGAGGCCUGGGCCCUGGUGUGUGGGGAGGAGUGGGGGGCCCUGGGGGGUCUCUGCACCACCCUGGGCCUGAUGGAGGCGCCCCCCGGCACGGGCACGGGCCUGCUGGCGCUGGGCAGGGCGGGGGAGGGCAGGGAGCGUUACGAGAAGGAGACGCGCCUCUCGCUGUUUGGAGCCCUGCAGCACACCCGGACCUCUGACAUGGAGAUCCGUCUGGACCUGCCCCCGGUGCCCAGCAACGCCGAGCUCACGGGGCUGGCCAUCCGGGUCCCCCCGAGUCUUGACCAGUCCGAGGACGAGGGGUUCCAGUCUGCCUCAAACCUGACGCCAGAUUCGCAGUCCGAGCCGAGCCCCAGCCCGGAGCCGGACGUGUGGGAGGCGCUGCGGAGUUUCGAGCCGGGCCGCCGGCGCUGCUGGGAGGGGAUCGGCUGCCCCCCCGGGAGGAAGGAGCUGCCCUACCUGUCGGAAGCCGGACGGGAGGCGUUCGACCAGCUGUACCAGCUGCGGGAGGGGGGUCUGCAGCUCCUGAGCACUGCGGCUGCCCUGCCGCCCUCCCCUCUGCCCCUUCACACCCAGACCCAGCUGGUCACCGACGUGCUCAACGUCCUGAUCGGAGUGGCUUCCACAACCUUCCCCCUCGACCAGGUGACGGUGCAGUUCAGCCCGUGCCCUGGCAUCUGUGUGUCGGGCGUCUCUCCGGACAGCAUGCAGGGGCUGCUGGGCGAGCUGGCGGAGUACGGCACGCACUACCUGCGGCUCAGCCGCUUCUGCCUGCAGGGCGCGCACAAGAGGGGACUGGUGUUCCAGGCCUUCACCGGGGCUCUGCGGCGGUACCUGCAGUAUUACCGCGCCUGUGUCCUGUGCACGCCGCCCACUCUCAGCCUGCUCGCCAUCGGCUUCCUGUUCCGGAAGGUGGGACGGCAGCUCAGGUACCUGUCCGAGCUGUGCUGUGUGGAUGGGGGUGCCGGAGGCAGUCAGGCCGUGGGCAGGAGCAGUUUGGCCUCCUUCCCUGUGGGAGUCAAGCUGCUGUCCUACCUGUACAAUGAGGCCCAGAGUAACUGCAGCAACGAGAACUACGCUGUCCUGCUGUCCCUGCUCAAGAGCAGCUGUGAGCCCUACACGCGGUUCAUCUACGACUGGGUGUACAGUGGGGUGUUCAGAGAUGUGUACGGAGAGUUCAUGAUUCAGGUGAACGAAGACUUCCUCAGUUGUCGAGACAAGCAGUUCUGGACGCAGGGCUACACUCUGAUCUCGCAGGAUGUGGAGGAGUGUGUUCCGGUCUUCCUGAGACACAUGGCCAAUGACAUUUAUGUCUGUGGCAAGACCAUCAAUCUGCUGAAGAUCUGCUGCCCCCAGGUGAGCACCCGGCCGCUGGCAGGACUGGUACCUGAACACAGCACAGCACCUGGCACUGAUCCUGAGCGGCGCCCUAUCCCACUAGCAUCGUGCUCUCUGACUCGCAUCCCGAUCCCCCGAAAUACGGCACGUGGGAGCCCUGAGUUAGUCGUGGCAGUGUCUUCUGCAGUGCAGUCUCCACUCUGCACGCUGACUUGCUGUUCCAGACCUGCGAUCUGUGGUGUAAAAGCGCUCAGCCCUGUCCCAUCUGUCCUCUCCAGCUCGUCAGUACAGUGUGUUGAAUUCAGAAUUCAGAAUUCAGUUCAGCCCUGCACUCUGCCCCUCUACCUGGCUGGCACGUACCUCUGCUCCUGUGUGUUUGUUGUUCUGUACUUGUGCUCUUCUGCGCCUGAGACAUCCGUCCUCCCUGCUUCUCGUAAUCCCUCCCCCCCCUUUCUCCGCGCAGGGCGGCAGGUGUCCCGGCGGCUGGCGGAAGAGGCGAGGAAGAGGGAGCGAUUCGAGGAGAUGAAGCAGCAGCUGGAGCAGGACCGGGAGUGGCGCAGCGAGGCGCGCAGACGGGAGCAGGAGGACGAUUUUGGGUUCGCCCGGGAGCUGAGGGACCGUGAGCGUAGGCUGCAGGCCCUGGAGGAGCAGCUGGAGCGCCAGGCCAGGAAGGAGCUGGUGGAGCAGUACAGCCGGCUGUCGGAGGAGGCCGCGCGGCGGGAGCGGCGGGCCCUGUGGAGGGCACACAGGCUGCGGCUGGACUCAGCCAGGGCCCAGUUCCUGGAGGAGGACCACAGGCACACGCAGGCUCUACUACAGCAGUUUCCACUUGGACAGGGCAGACCUCUGCUGGACAUCCUCCCCAAGACACAGCUCCUGACCCACAGAGCAGCCCAGAGUGAGCAGCAGCCCUCCCAGACAGAGGCACCUCUUCUCCCAGGGCAAGGUGACCAGGACCAGAGAGAGCAGGGGCUGCCAGGCAGUGAGAGCCAGGAUACGGACACCUCUCCCGAGACGCCAGGGGCUCCUGCACCCUCCUCCUCCCCAGCCGCCCCCCUGCCAUCCCUGGGAGGCGAACCCCUGAUCUCGGAAGAGCUGGACCUCGACGAUUUCCUCCCCAGAGCACGCCCCGCCCAGGACAGGGGCCACAGCCGGAACCACGCCCUGGACGCAGCUCUUCUGCGCAUCGAGUCUGACCUUCUGGCCGGUGCUGCUGUUGGCCCUGCCCCGGUCCAGGAUUAUGAUUUCAGCAGCCCCUUCAGCUUCUUACAGGCCGAGGAGACGCCCCCCCGGGGGAGCCCCAACCUGGGGCAGGGGGAGACCAACAGGGAGCAAGCCCUGUGCCCACACAGGCCCCAUAUUUACGGCCACCCCUCUACGGCCCAUAUCCGGGUGGGGGAAAACGUGUCCGAAGUAGAGGAGGUGCUGCCGAGGCCCAGUUCCCAUGGCCAGCCCUCCGACUCCAGCAUCCCCCUGGGGCAGUACGCCUCGGAGGUGGGGCUAUCGCGUCCCCAGCGGAGUUCUCAUGGUCACCCCUCCCAGGCCUCCGUGCAGCUCGGGGAGCAGACCCAGGGACCCGGAGCCGCGCCGGAUCAGGGGGCGCGUCGAGCACGGCUCAGCCAGGGGCUGCCGGCUUCCGAAGGGACCGUCGGUCCAGACGUCCACACGGGAGCAGCCAGCCCAGAGUCGGCGCAGCCAGUUCACGGCAGAGAGGGAACGUUGGAAGAGGGCGCGUCCAGACCCAGUGAGAGUACGACACCCCUAGCCAACAGAGAGGGCAGCAGCCAUGGACGUGAGGCUCACCAGGGUAGGAAGCCUGUGGAUCCACAGCUCUGUGCACUGGGGUUGUCCAAGGAGGAGCUGGUUGAUCCUGAGCCAGGGGAUCAUGAGUCGGUCACAGGGGCUGUUCUUACUCCCGAGGGUCGGCAGUCCAUUCCACACGCUGCCCGUGCCGAAAGGAAACUGGACGGCAAAGCCCCAGAAGCGGAGAGCAUUGACCCUCGGCACAGCUCUCGUGAGGAUGCCUCUGAUGCCAACAGCAAGGUUGGUCGUAUCCCGGCCGUGGAUAUCCGGGACCACCCCUCCAGUGCCCAUUUCAAGGUUGGGGCAUUCGUGCUGGAACAAGAGCCCCAGCCCCCCGCGCCCAGCGUCUACGGCCACGUUUCAGACGCCAGCAUCAACGUGGGGCAGCACGUCUCCGAGGUCGUCGCCCCGGUACCGGCGGCAAAUCGUCACGGCCAUUCCUCCGACGCCAGUAUUAAAGUCGGGGGGUUCGUGUCAGAAGUGGCACAGCCCCGCCCGCGUUGGAACAGGCACGGCCACACCACGGAUGCCAGGAUCAAAGUGGGGGGGUAUGUGUCGGAGCAGGAGCCCCCCAGGCCCCACGGGCACGCCUCGGACACCAGCCUGCAGGUGGGGUGUGUGGUCUCGGGCACAGCCCCAUCGUUACCCACCCCCCAGCCCCACGGGCACGCCUCGGACACCAGCCUGCAGGUGGGGUGUGUGGUCUCGGGCACGGAGCCAUCAUUACCCACCCCCCAGCCUCACGGGCACGCCUCGGACUCCAGCAUCAAGGUGGGGCAGAAUGUGGCCGAGGCCCCCCCUGCUCCCAGGCCACGCUGGAACGUUCACGGCCAUGCCUCCCAGUCCCACUUCAGACUGGGAGUACUGGUGUCAACUCUGCAGCCCCCCCAGCCCCCCCCGGGCACGCCAACUGCGGGGAACGGGCAGAGGGGCGUCGUGCAGGGCCCUGUGGGGAAGGAGGAAGCUGGAGCUCACAGUAACACAGGGCAGGAUGAGGCCCCAGUACAGUGCGCAGAGGGCUCUCCAGGGUGGAGCAGUGAGCAGGAAUACCUCCUGUCCCUCGCAGCCCAGUAUGAGGUGGAGCAGUACCAGGACAACUACAGUCUCCUGAUGGCCGCUCCGGACAUGCAGCUGCUCCAGCAGGUGACCCGAGGGGCCCACAUGGUGAACAAGGCUGUGGUGGACUACUUCUUCGUGGAGCUCGAGGUGGAGCGGCACUUCGAGGCCCUGCGGCACUUCCUGCUGAUGGAGGACGGGGAGUUUGCCCAGUCCCUGAGCGACCUGCUGUUUGAGAAACUUGGCAGUGGCCAGACCCCAGGGGAGCUCUUGACCCCCUUUGUGCUGAACUCCAUCUUGACCCGGGCUCUGCAGUACAGUCUCCAUGGCGACAGUCCGCUGGCGGCCAACUUCACCUUUGCCUUGCGCUUCCUGCCGGAGACCUUCCACCCCCAUGCCCCUGACGCCCUGGGCUGCCUGGAGCUGCGCUACAAGGUGGACUGGCCGCUGAACAUCGUCAUCACCGACAGCUGCAUGAGCAAGUACAACCGUCUCUUCUCCUUCCUGCUGCAGCUGAAGCACAUGGUCUGGACGCUGCGCGACGUCUGGUUCCACCUGAAGAGGGCAGCUCUGGUGAAGGGGGCCGGCCGCGGGGGGCAGUUCCGCCAGCUGCAGCUGUAUCGCCACGAGAUGCAGCACUUCGUGAAGGUGAUCCAGGGCUACAUCGCCAACCAGAUCCUGCAGGUGUCCUGGAGCGAGUUCUCCCAGCGGCUGGGCAGUGUCAGCGACCUGGACGCCAUCCACCGCAGGCACGCCGACUACCUCAACAGAGCCAUCUUCAGGGGCCUGCUGACAGAGAAGGCUGCCCCUGUGAUGAACAUAAUCCACAGCAUCUUCAGCCUGAUCCUGAAAUUCCGCACCCAGCUCAUCGCACAGCCCUGGGGCUGCCAGCAGGGGGAGGCAGAGCACCCCAAUUUCGUGGCCAUGCAGCACUCGUACCGCACCUUCAAGUACUACUCCCACUUCCUCUUCAAAGUGGUCACCAAGCUGGUGAACAGGGGUUACCAGCCCCAUCUGGAGGACUUUCUUCUGCGCAUCAACUUCAACAACUACUACAAGGACUCCUGAGGAACUCCUGAGAGCGGGGAAAAGUUCGUUCUUUACCAAGGACUCACUUGGAGCUGCAGCCUGGUCACAUUGGCCAGUCUUAUUGACGGAGAGUGGAUCUGCUGUCCAGUUCACAGCAGAAGUGGUACUGUGGUUCACACAGAGCAUCACCAGACAUAAAGCAACAUCCUGACUUUAAAUAUUGUAUUAUAGUUUAAUAGUACAGUAUAUACUUACAAAAUAUAUAUAUAUAUGCCAGAAUACAGUCCCUAAACUCACAUGUGGCCAGUUUAAGAAAUUGCACUCCUCAGUUACUGUAGUGUAAAGCAGCAGAAGACUGUCUUCAGCACUGUUUCUUACCAUUGUAUUGAUGAAGUGCAUUUUUAUGUUUCCAUUUGUGUCUGCUAAUGAAAUCGCUAGUUUUCUAGUCUGCUAAACAGUGACUGGUUUUCAUAAUUACUCAUUUUUUAAAGACGAUCCCUACAGCUUAUUGGUUAGCUGCGUCAUGGCCUGGUCCAGGAAGCUCUGCCCUUGUUUGUGUGAUACAGCACUACUGUAAAGAGAGCUGAUCCAAUAAAGAGUUUAUUUGGCGUAACUGUCUUUGAGAGCCGAUAGUUGGCAGUGUGUCUUCAUCACUGUACUUCAAAUGUCCCUCAUUAAAAAUGGACGAAGGUAUAGGGUGCAUAAUUGUAGUGGCGCAGAUCCAAGGUGGAAGGUGAUGAACUAAUCAUGUUGCUCUGUAAAUUGGAUGAUUCCAUAAAUCUUAACUUCAGUAUCUCAGGAAGUAAAUGUGUUGCAUUUUAUAAGACUAAUCUUCUUUGUGCAGCUUUUCUAGAACAUACUCAUUUUUUUUCAGUAUACAUCAUCAGGGCCUCGUCUAAAUUGCAAUUUGCCUAAAGUGCCUUUGAGUUUUGGCCCAGUUACAGGAAAGUUAAGAAAACUCACAGAACUAAUUCUUCUGCUUGAAUGACUACAUUAAUUUUCCAAAGGCAAUGGCUUUUUUAAAUUAAACUGUAAAACUUGGCUAAUAAAACACUGAAUUAUUUUCAUGA